AUGGCGGCAAUGUUAGAAGACAGUUUGCGGACUCUUCAUAAUUUGAAGGAUGAGUCUGAGGCUUCUUCAGUUGAACAGAUAAACACAGUUGUGGCAGACAUAACCCAAAUUAUUUUGAAUGAAAUAUCUGACAAAGACACCGACUAUUGCUGCUCUGUGCUGUUUGACAAAAAAUAUGGAGUCGUGUCAUUUCUGCAAAGUGUUGUUACCAAGGAUGAGUUUCAGAAUUCCAAAGCUGCUUUAUUAGAUCUUCUGAGUGGAUUUUUGCAAAAGGCGAACAAGAAGAUUGUCAGUUAUCUUGUUGAUAUCAAGGAAGUCUCUGUUUCUUUGUUUAUCCGUGACCGAUACGCCAAAGUUAAGAAUGCUGCCAUCCCAGUUCUCAUCAAGGUUUUAGAAUUGUCAGUGGGUUCCCAUAUGGGAGAGGAGCUGAAGAUCGAUGCCCUUAUUAACAAGUUUUUCAUGGAGCUCACUAAAAGUGUUUCUAAGCUACAAGCCUCAGUAAAGGGAAAUAUCAUGAAUCUUCUUGGUGUCUUGUCGGAGGUUUAUCCUGAGAAAAUGCUUGUCUACUCGGAUAGAUUGGUUAGUCUAUAUGCCAGUGCACUGAAAGCUGAGAUGAGUUCAAAAACACGAGAGCCUCAACUUCCCAUCAUAGCUGGAUGUCUGGAAGGAUUGACGUGUUACCUUGUGAACUUCACUCAGUCAGCUGAAGAAGGUUCCAAAUAUGCCUAUGAGAUUUUCCGGUUUGCACGAAUGGCUAUAGAUCCAGGAAUAACCUAUACACGGUAUGCUGUUCCAGCGGCUGGACUUCGACUCUUCAGUCGCCAUGCCGAUCAGUUCAGCGAAUACCUUGUUGAUGACUAUCAGGGAAUGUAUGAGAAAUUACAGAACUGGAGCCACCAUCACAAUCGUGACCUCAUGCAUCUUGGGGUGUCAGCCUUGGAAUCGUUUCUUCAGCAGGUGGCCAAAAUGUUAGUUUCCCGAGCAAAUGAAGGGCAGAAAGAAGGAGCUGUGUUCAAGUUCUUCGUCAAACAGUUCCGUGAGAUUAUGAACGACCACCAAGCCAGUGUGAAGCAAAUCUCUUUUGCCAUUAAAGGAUAUGGACUUUUGGCUGCUCCCUGUAAAACAUUUAUGACACCAUCAGAUGUCCAUUACAUGUUGAGUGAAAUGAUCAACAAGUCUGAGCAACAUUUUCUCAGACAGUCUCAAGAUCUGAUGGACAGACUUUAUGAACUACCAAGCUACCUGAAUGCCUUGGCACACAUUAUCAAGCAGGUUGAUGAGGUGUCGGAUACAUACGCCAUGAGUCUAGAACAUCUACUGGUUCUGCUGUUUGAAAAUGUUCCUCAUGUUCACGGUAGAAUGCACUUCACGUGCCAGAAAUCAAUUAUCCAUGUGUUACUUACACUGAUGACCAAAGGAACGACGUUCCAACAAGUUUUGUCGGGUUUUGUGUACCAGAGUCUGAUACGAUUGUGUUCCCACCCAGUCUUGUUGGAUAACGACCAGACAGCUGAAGACAAGUCCGAUGAAGCAGAGACAAACACAAAAAAAACAAUAUCUUACAAAGACUACCUUGAUCUGUGGGCAGGCAUACUUGACAGUGCUAAGAUAAAGGACUUUGCAGCACUUGAUAUCAGCAUUGCAGAACGUCACAAACUAACCGAGGCACUGUACGAUGAGUUGUUGACAGCUAUUUUGAAAAUAAUCACCAAGCUUGAUCUGACUUCAACCAGUGAAGAAAGUAAUGAACAGGUUGCCGAUACCGAUUUGGAUGGCAUUGCUGAAGACCAGGGUCAGGGCUUGUCAGCUGACCCCAUCCAUGGUAUUCAGCCCGCCAAACCUAAAGACUUCCAGGUUUUGAUUAACCUGGUGGACUUCUGCAGGAAUUUGCUUCCUUACCACCAUUAUGAACUUUUCAACCGCUGGAUGUUUCCUUUCAGUCACACUGUCAUUUUGUUGUCGACAAAGAAUCCCUUUGUGAGUGGCUUCUAUAAACUACUAGCCGUAGCAAUGAGAAUUGCCAAUCAGCUUGAAUACUUUAAGGAAGUUGUUCCUGCCUCACCUGUCAAAGGUGAACCAAUGGAAGUUGACCAGUCUCCCACAGAAGGGUUCAAACAAAAAGACAUCUGUUUCCAACUUGUGAAGACAUUUUCCAAAGAAGUUUUGGUUCGUAUGAAGCAAUAUCAAGAUGAUCUUCUAGCUUCAUGUCUCACUCUAAUUCUAGUCCUGCCAAAGGAGAUCGUAAAGGAACAGCUAGUGGAUGUGGUGCCCGUGAUUCAGAUUUGUCUCACCAUUGGUCUGAGUUAUUUGCCCUUGGCAAUGGUGGGUCUGGAAGCUCUAGAAUAUUGGUCUCAACAUCUGCCAGAUUACCUCAUCUCUCCCCACUAUAAAGAUAUUCUGCCUUAUUUGGACAGCUACCUGCAAACUGCAGAGCAAAUGACGGAAGUGACAGAUAGCAUAAUAAUCAUGAAAGAAAGCAAGUCUGGUCGUGGAAAGAAAAAACUGCCAACACGAAUCGUCAGAUUGAACAAGAAAGAUAAAGAAAAUAAGAGCUAUGAAUCGCAGCUGGCCGUGGUGAAGCAGCGGAUUGUGCGCUACUUGGGCUCGCUGGGAGGCAGUCUGAACCACGCGCUGUUGGCCUGUAGUGAUGAUGAUGACAUCAGUAAGAAAGCCAUAGCCUGGGACACACACCAACAUCUUCGUUUCGACAUGCCUUUCGUUGAUAUGAAACCAACCAUAUAUUUUGAUCCUUUCUUGCCCCGCAUUGUUGAGUUGGCAACGAAAUCGAGCGACCGUCAGACGAAGGUGGCAGCGUGUGAACUGCUUCACUCCCUUGUUCUGUAUUGUCUGGGUCGUGGAGCGCAGCAGCCAGGCGAGAGAAUCAAGCGACACCCCAUGGACCGGUUGUACAAAAAACUCUUCCCCGUUAUCUUGGAACUGGCAUGUGAUGUGGAACCAGUAGCCAGACAGUUGUUUGAGGAGCUUUCAAUGCAGCUCAUUCAUUGGUUUACCAGUAACAAGAUGGCUGAAUCUUCAGAAACAAUGGCACUUCUUGAUACUAUAUUUGAUGGUUUGGUUCAGCAGACAGAUACGUCCUUGAGAGAUUUCUGUGCAAGAUGUCUCAGAGAGUUCAUGAUGUGGUCCAUCAAGCAGACUUCGAAAAAGGAUAAAAGUCCAGUUAAUGCCAAGUCAGUCCUCAAGAGAAUCUUCAGCUUUGCCCUCCAUCCCAGUGCCUUCAAACGACUUGGAGCAGCGCUGGCUUUCAACAACAUAUACAUGGUGUUCAGAGAAGAGCACUCUUUGGUGGAUCAUUUCACAUUCCAAAUCUUGGUUCAUUUCGUAGAAAGUUUGGCCAUUGCUCAUACAGAUGAAAAAUCACUGGGUACUCAGACUCAGUGCGCGAGUGUUCUGACACAUCUUGAGAAGAUCCUCCAGAAGCGUGCUGAUAUGUUUAUGAAGGACAGCAAUCUGAGAGAAGAGCCAAGAGAAUGGAGUAAAAAGACUCUGGAUAUUGCCGUCCGGUGGUUAACGCGUCAGUGCGGCCGUCCUCAGACAGAGUGUCGUCACACCUGUAUGAAACUUGUGACACAGCUGGCACCUUUAGUUCAGGGAAUAAAAUCAGCUCAGAACUAUUUUCAGAUCUUCCUAAAGAAGGAAGGACCAUCACAUUUUCUAUCAAGGUUUGAAGGAGGUGGUCAGGCAGCUGUCGGGAAAAAAGGACUGUCGAGUUGUUCAACACUUAACAAAAUGAGCGAUACAUUUUCUCUGUCUGACACCCUUCACUGGUUCGAUAUGCUGCUGGCUCCACUAGACUGCUACACCUGGGUGUUUGGGCAAGAUCUACUAACACCAACAGAAAUACUGUCGGAUGUUGGUAAAGUGAAAGCCAGUAUAUUUGAGAGUAUCCAGUACUUCUUGGAACAUCUGGCUCUUGCUGGAAUUGAGAAAGCAGCCAUGUUGUUUACCAGUCAUAGGACAACAUAUUUCUUCACUCCCAAGGAGAUGGAAGAAUACAACAGAGCAAAGUGUACAGUGGUCAUCAGAAUGUGGAAUUUUCUGUGUGUAAUUUUGGGGAAAUGUCCCAAAGAUGCUUUUGAGCUCAUUCCUGACAACCUUUGGUGCUCUCAGCUAUGGGAACUGCUGUGCAAGUGUGUUGUUCACCCAAGUGAUGUUGGAUUUAAUGUCAGUGACGUGGAAAUCAUGUCUAACUUACCAGGCGAGAUGGAAAGGACUUUAAUGGUGCUAACAAAAUGUCUGCCACCAACACACCUAAAAUGUCUGAAACAAACACUUACAGAAUAUCUUCAGGGAGACAGAAAUGUGUUUGCUCAGUUACCGUUAUCACUGACUGACCCACGCCUGGAUCAUCCCACCCUCACACAGCUGAUAUCUGGGUAUGGACAACUCAGCAAAGUUGGCUUACUUACUGAUGCGGUCAAGAAAAGUGGAAAUAAUGAAAAGCUUGCUCGCCAACUCUUCGACUCCAUUUACCAGGGGAUUGUUCUGGAGAAGAAAGAACACAAGGCCUCGAUGGCAUUGACACCGACGUCUUUAACUCUAGGAAAGUGUAUGCUGGAACUUGCAUUUCAGUUGAAUCCCUCGGCCGAUGUCUUGAUUAGCUCUUUGCUGGAAGAGAAAAAAGUUUGUGGACUGGGACGAAGUGAGGAGGAAGGUCACGGUUCUCUCUUCUUCUCGUUGUUCAAGUCUGUUAUAGCUUUACAGCUGACAAAAACACUGGAUGUCUCAAUUCCACUGUUGGCCAAGAGAGCUGGAAGUGAUGCCAGACACGUCAACACCAUACUUGUUGCCAUGGUUGAUUAUAUUGUCUGUGAUAGAAGCCUGCGCAAAAAGUAUGGUGAACGGAUGGUUUCUGUUGUACUGAUGCAGUGGCGUCACUUCAGGUCCUGGUGUCUGGACAGUAGCUCUGCUGAUCUUCAAGAACUGGCUGUGCUGCUAUUCACCAAACUACUGCUGCUGGAUAGCAAGUUUGCCUCUAAUACAAGUCAUCCUGCCUACCAAACAGUUUUUGAGAUGUAUGAGACCCUGCUCACAGAUUCAAGAACUAACCUCACGUUCAAAAAUCGGGUGUUGGACUUGCUUCCUUUCUUUGCUUUGGUUGAAAAACCAUACAUUUCAAAACUCAAGGCCAGCUUGGAUACAUUUAUAUCAAAUCAUUUUCCACUUAAGAGCUCUGAGUUGACAAAGGAUUCUCCAAAGUUCAUUGACUACAUCACUGCUAUUGACAAGCUGCUGUCUGCAUUAGAACUGUCCUGUAACCCUGUUCUCCUUGAGGUUGUAAUCAGCAUCUUCUGUCGAGAAUCCCGCCAUGCACAUGAAGACGAAAUUCAGAAAUGUCUGACAAAAUUCAUCAGAAAAUUACCUGGAGACAAACAGAAACUGGCUUUGGAUAUACCAUAUGGUAUUUUUGUGAAAGAGGGAAGUUUUCCAGCAGAGAUUCGCAGAGCCACACUUGAACGAGUGUGUUUGCCUAUGCUGCAACUUGCCAAAAAGUCUGCUUUGAUUGAAUUCUUCUGUGAACAUAUUGUAGAAAUUAUGCAAACAGUCGAAGCAAAACAAGUAAAAUCAGCUUUGGAGAAUCAGCUAAUCAGCAAGACCUGCUGUUUUGAGCUGUUGGAAGUGUUGUAUUCGAGGCUGUCAAAGGAGGAACUGAACACUAAAAACUCUGUUAUUAACCAGAAAUACUGUGGAGCUAAAGCAGAAACUGGCAAGGAAUUGACACUCAAAAUUACAAAAAGUGCUCACGAAGCUAAAAGUGAAGACAUCAGAGGGGAGACAACUCUGCUUGAAGAGAGACGACAGUACCACUGCUCAGCAUACAACCUUCUCAUCGCAGUCAUCUCCUGCACGCAGACGGACAGCAAAUUCUACAAUGGCUUCUUGUUCAGUGACAAAGAAGCUAAAGGGCAAUUCCUGUUGGACAAUAUAAUAGACAAAGAUGCACACUGGGAAUUCCAGGCAGAACUUCAGACGGUCAUGGAAAGAAAGAAGAAGUUUGUUUCUAUCAGAAAUGAGUUAAAGAAACAACAGGCUGAGGAUGAUGAUGACAGUGAUCGGUCCUAUACGUCAUCUUUCCACUUGGCGUCCAUGUAUCUGGCCGAUAGCAGUCUUAGUGAAGAUGUCAACCGAUAUGACUUCUCCUUGUCAGUCUCUGCACAGAGCACGGCUGGGUCAUCUGGUACAGACCACAUGAGAACUCCAGUAAAGAGAAAAUCCAGCAACACACUUCCUGAUGAUGAUCCAGAAGGACAUGUAUCAGUGGAGGGUGAUUAUGUUGAACUGGAGAUGGAUCAAAUAAACCAACAUGAAUGUAUGGCCACCAUGAUAGCAUUACUGAAACACAUGCAAAGGAACAACAUACCACCUGCACCACCACAUGGCAGUGUUCCAAGUCAAAUGCCGGACUGGAUGUCAUACCUGCACAAAAAGAUGACAAGUGUUACCUGCCAUGGCAACAUCAAACUCUUCAUAGCUAAACUGAUCACCAACACUGCUGAGAUAUUUCAGCCUUAUGGAAAAUUUUGGCUAUGUCCCUUGUCUCAAUUGAUAUUCAGUGGACCUCUGAGCUCUGGUGGAAUAAACUACUUUGUAGUGGACAUCAUUGUUACCAUGAUGUCCUGGCACAGCUCGGCGGUACCUCAGGACACUGCAGAAGAAUGUGCAAUGGCGUCUCGACUCGUUGAAUUUGUAAUGAGCAAUAUAUAUCAUGAGACAAGACAAGUGUUCAGAAACAAUCUGGAAAUGCUGAAAACGCUACUAGAAUGCUGGAAAGGUCGCGUGCAAAUUCCAUACCGAGUGAUCUACAGUCAUCUGAAGUCGGCCGAUGUCAAGUCGCGGGAUUCUCCUGUUGGCAUUCAGCUGCUGGGUAUUGUUAUGGCUUGCAAGCUUCCUCCUUAUGGACCUGACGCACCAGUGGAUCAAGAAAAGUUUUUCUCGGUGAUUGCCAACAUCAUGUAUUCCAAUUACAAGAUUGCAUAUGCAGCUGCAGCUGAGGUGGUGGGCAUGCUUCUCAGUCACCUUGCCGAAAAGGAGCACGUGACUGAGGGAACGUUUCAUGAGCACAUCAACAACGUCAUGUCCAGCAUCCGCCAGGCUAAACCGGACAUCUUCAUUGUGUGUGUCCACAAAAUGUGCAGACAUUAUCCUGCCAUUGCCAACAGAUUCACAAACAGGCUGCUGUUCAUGUUACCAAAAGUUCGUGGAGAAUUCCGAACAUUGUGUCUGGAGGUGAUACACGGGAAUGUUGACAAGAUAGAAGAUGUUUAUCUUGAACUAAAAACAAAAGGCCUCAUCACUUUCAUAACACAAAGAGAUGAAGGCACUCAGUUGGCUGCACUGAACAUUGUGAAGUCCAUAUCAGCGAAACUCAAGCCUCCAGAGCUGCUCACAUUAAUGCCAGCAGUAACUGGAAUUUUCCAGCAGAGUAGUGCAGCGUGUCACAAAAUCAUGUAUGAGAUUUUGAUGUGGAUCUAUGACAACUACAGAGAUGAGAAGAGUGAUGAUGGUCACGAAAUAAUAAGCCAGACAAAGGAAGCUUUGUUAAAAGGUCUGGGUGAUGAAGAUUUGCACUGCAGAUUGCUUAUUCAGAAUUUCUGGAGCAGUGAAACUCGUCUACCUGUAAACACCAUGGACCGUAUGAUAGCCAUGUUGGAAGCCAUGUACUCCCCGAGCACAGAACAGCAGUAUCUGAGCUAUGCAACCAAUCUUCUUCUUGAGAUGACGUCCAAGAGCCCGGACUACCAACGGGAAAUAUUUGAACAUCCUCUUUCUGAAUGUAAAUUCCAAGAAUAUUCAGUGCAGUCAUCGUGGCGCCAGCACCACGUUGUGAUGACCCCUCUGUUUGCUGCCACCCAGGCCAGCCAAUCGAUGGACGUGGACACUGUAGACAGCACUGAUGGAAGGCUGAGAGCAACACAGACUGUCCAACAGUUCACACAGACUGUGGCAGAUGGUUCGCAUGCACCAUUUAACUGGCUAACCCAGAGUAGCCUGGACACAUAUGCCGAGACGUCUUCUUUGAGUUCAGCAGAAUCUCGAUCUUCUCUGCUGUUCACUGUCGGUAGUCAGGGAUCCCAGCAGAUGUCGGGCAGUAAAGCCUGGUCCAGAGGAGCUGGGUCACGGUUCGGUCAGAGACCAGCAAGACCCAAGGCUGGAACCUCUACCAAGAAAGAAGAAUCUAGCAAGGAUGAUGAAAUAUGGCGUCUCAAAAGAAGAUUUCUUAAGGAUCAAGAAGUCUCAAGAAUGUAUUUUGUCAAGCAGAAUAUUAGAUUAAAACGUUUAAGAGAGGAAAAGAUGAAGGAACAGCAAAUGAGGAGAGAAAGUCAGGUUACUAUGUACAGGAAGUACCGAACUGGUGAAUUGCCAGAUAUUCAACUCAAGUUUUCCUACAUUAUUGCUCCACUACAAGCUGUGGCACAACGAGACAGCACUGUUGCCAAGAUGUUGUUCAGUUCAAUGUUCAAGGCUAUUUUUGCCGGAAUGGAUGGUGUGAAAACAGAUCGUGAGAUUGAAGAAGCCACUCAACAGAUUAACAAAAGCAUUGAGUCUAUUUUGACAUUGUCCAAACAGUACUUCCCUCCUUUCAUUGCUUGUAUUAUGAAUGUUCUGCAUGACUUGAAAUCAAAGUUAAAGGUGGACGCCUCCAGUCUAGCAUCGUCUGCUCUUACUUGUAACCUGCAGCCACUUGGUAUUACUGUGUUAGAGGAACAUUUGAUUCAGUACGAUGGUAAUUUAUGUCCGCCAAAAAGAAGCCGGGGAGAGAAGGCUCCGAUUUCUACUGAUGUUGCCUUGUGGAUUGAACUGGCCAGGCUGUACAAAUCAGUGGAUGAGUAUGACGUGCUUCACGGAAUCUUCAGUGGUAAAAUCAAAACCAAGUCUAUUACAGGGGAAGCGUUGGAGUGUGAGGCUAGAGGUGAUUUCCAUGCUGCUCGGAGGAUGUAUGAUGAGGCGUUAUCAACUAGCACGUGGGCUGAUGGAGAUCCUCUGGAUGCUGAGAUAGACCUCUGGGAUGAUUGUCGAAUGGAGUGUCUGGAUCACUUGACUCAGUGGCAGGCGUUAGAAGAGGUGACAGUAACAGGGAUAGACAGCACGGGACAGGCUCAGCUAAACCAGAUCUGGGAAGACACAUUUGCACUGGAACAUUACUUGCCUGGCCUACUCCGCAGCAAGCUGAAGUUGUUGCUCCAGGGAGAUAACUCUCAACAGUCACUCCUUUCCUUUAUUGACCUGUCUAUGAAAGAUACUGAAAAGAAAGCUAUGCUUGAGAGCCAGUUCUGUGAGCAGCUAGCAUUGAUGUAUUUGUGGCAGGAAGACUAUGGCCGGUCUCGACAUUACGCAGCACUGGCAACUCAGCGAUUCCUUCAGAACUGGAUUAGUACCGAUUCUCUGAUGAUGACAAGUCGAACUAGACAGCUUCAGACACUACAACCACUGCUUGAGCUUGAAGAGUUUUUGCAAUUCUUGGAAGAUGAAAACAAUUUUUUGUCAACUGUGCCAGUUGAAAGACUUGUUAAGAGAUGGGAGACCAGGUCUCCACACAUGCUUCUAGAUUCUGUGAACAUUUGGGAUGACAUUGUCACCAACAGAAACAUCUACCUGGAUCGUAUCAGUACCCGUCUGACCCAGCAUCAGAAGUCCCACGAUUCCAUGGAUGAACUGGACGAAGACAUGUUUGAGGAAACCAAAUUGAGGCAGAGACUAGCCAUGGCUGAAAGCUCGAUGGAACAGAACAACUUCCAUCUGACACUGCGAAUUAUGAAGGAAACUCAUUCUAGAUGUAAAAAUGUGGGUAAUGAAAAGUUGCUGAUAGAAUGGAGCCACUUGUAUGCCACUACACAUCAUAAGAAGGCACAGAACCUGAUUGGUCCAUGGACAGAUGACACCUUCUUCAACGUGUUGACAACCCUGGAACAGCUAGAUAAAUAUUCUAAAAGUGAUGUGUUGUCCAAGCAUAAUGACCUUGGUAGGCAACAUUUUGCUUUAAAAGGUCGGGCUUUCGCCAUACUUGCAGACGGCUUCCUAGGUUCAGAUGCAGUCUCUGACAUCAGUACCAAAACUGGUGAUAAACUGAAAACUUACUGCGGUGUUACAAAACAACUUCCAACCAAAAAGAUAGUUGAAAAGCUAGUUGAAAAAGGAUAUCAUGAGAUCAAAGGUUGUGUUGCAGACUUUGGUGGCAGACAGCCGCAGCAGCCUAAGUUUGGGGAGGAAGAGGCUCAGCUUGCUGUGGCACUGUACUGUGAUAAGUUCCUCAGAAUGAAGGAAGAUGAAGACGUUGACCUGAGUUUGGCAAUACUUAAGACAUUCCCCGACACUAUCAUUGUGUGUAUGCUGCGCGCCAUGAAGUUUGGUUCAUCUGAGGCCCGGCAGAGAUUUCCACGUCUGCUGCAGCUGGUGGAGUAUUAUCCAGAGACCAUGGCAGCCUUUGUAAAACAGUCAUCUGAGGUUUCCAGCUGGAUGUUCCUUCUAUGGAUCAAUCAGAUGAUGGCUCUUCUAAAUAAGCGAGAAGCCCCAGCCGUCCAGCAGAUCCUCCAUACUCUUGUUGUAGAAUACCCACAGGCUGUGGUCUAUGCAUUCCAUAUCAGUUAUGAAGGGUUUGUCUUUGGCAAAAGUGCACAGGAUCUAGACAACAAGGCAGCUGUGAAUAAAAUCAAGGAUCAGUUGACAGAAGACAAUUGCCCUCUAGUGUCGAGACUGAUCAGUGCAUUGGACCAGUUUGGUCAACCAGAUAUGCUUUUUAAGGACUGGUCUGAUAGGAUGAAGAAACUGCUUGCUUCUGCCAAGCGAGACAAGGAAGAGAUUAAAAAAGUCUACCGUGAGAUGUACUCGUCACUGAUAGACUGUGACUCUGUGCCACCUGACUCAGUCGGUUCACAAACGUCUCUGCUGUCUGCAUCUCCUGGUGAAUUCAGUGAAUUUCGCAAAAAGUUUGCUCAGAUUUUCAAGAAAGAUUUUGAUGAAAAGUUUGGCAAAAAUGGCGAUAAACUGGUUCUUAUGUCAUAUAAGACAUUCCGACAAGUACUGGAUGAAAUUAACAAGAAGGCUGAAGACCAUAAGAAACCCCGAGGAAAACUGUAUCCACCAGCCUCUCUCCGAGAAUACAGUCAGUGGAUGGCAGAUUUUAAUCCUAAUAGAGAGAGUCGGGACUUGGAAAUUCCAGGUCAGUACCAUGGUCUGACUAAACCCAUGCCGGAAUAUCAUGUCAAGGUGGCAGGCUUUGAUGAAAGGAUCUUGGUGAUGUCAUCCCUGCGUAAGCCGAAGCGUUUGACAAUCCGAGGUAAUGAUGAGAAAGAUUACAGCUACUUGGUGAAGGGCGGCGAGGAUCUCAGACUUGACCAGAGAAUAGAACAACUGUUUGUCAUCAUGAAUAAGAUCAUGGAGAAGGACCCUGCAUGUCGCGUGCGCAAGCUGCAACUGAAAACAUACCAGGUCAUCCCUAUGUCUACAAGGGUGGGUUUGAUUGAGUGGAUGAGCAACACAUGUCCUCUGAAGGAUUUCCUUUAUGCUGCAUUUACCGAAGCAGAGAGUAAAUUCUUUCACUCAGAACAUGGACCAUCUAAAGUACAUCAGAAAUGGACUGGAAAGUUCUGGGAUCCAAAGAAACAAACAGCUUACAUGUAUGCUCAGGUGUACCUCAAGUAUAACAAAACUGAGACCGUGCGAGAGUUUCGCAUUAAGGAAAACAAAGUGCCAUGGGAUUUGUCUAGGAGAGCAUUUCAUGAUAUGAGCACAUCACCAGAAGCAUUCCACGUUCUGCGCUGUAUGUUUGUCCGAUCGCACGCUGUGAUCUGUGUGUGCCAGUAUCUACUGGGUAUUGGAGAUCGUCAUCUGUCUAACUUCAUGGUCAACCUCAGAACAGGUCAGAUGGUUGGCAUCGAUUUUGGACAUGCUUUUGGAUCAGCAACUCAGUUUCUGCCUGUGCCAGAGCUGAUGCCAUUCCGUUUGACUCGCCAGAUCGUUAACAUUGCCCUUCCUCUGCAAAUCAAGGGUUUGUUUGAGAAUACAAUGGUACAUGUGCUGCGAGCACUCAGGAAUAACUCGGAUCUUCUGCUGAAUACAAUGGACGUAUUUGUUAAAGAACCAUCUCUUGACUGGAUGCAAUUUGCAGAAAAGCAAAAAGCAGAGGGAAUGGAGCCAGAAGAUGCUGAUGACAACGUGGCUUGGUAUCCAAAAGAAAAAAUACAAUAUGCUCAUCGGAAGUUAAAAGGAGCCAACCCAUGUUGUAUUACAAAAGAUGAGCUAGCUCUUGGUCAGUCGAAGAGUGCAGCUUUUCAAUGUUUUCAGGAAGUGGCUGUAGGUGACAAGCGGGAAUCUGUUCGUGCUCAACUUCCUCCAGCUGGACUGAGCGUUGAGCAGCAAGUAGCGGCGCUGAUUGAUCAGGCUACAGACCCUAACCUGUUAGGUCGUGUGUGGGGUGGAUGGGAGGCUUGGGUCUAAAGUUGUGAAAGAAAAAUCAGUUCCGGCUUACAUUUGAAAUGUAAAAGUCUAUGUUACACAGUGUUCGACAAAUGUUCGAAAAAAUCACUAGCCCUCACAGAAGCUUUGGCUAGUGCUCUAUGUUUUAUAGUAAUACAGUUGGUAAUUUUCACUAGCUGGGACAGAAGAUGGGUGGAUUUGUCAAAUCGUGUGCUACAGUGUCAUUGGUGGGUUCUGUUGUAAACGUGUUUGUGAUUGUUGGCAAACAAUUUAGUGGUCUUGCAGGAGACAGAUUCUUCUGAAUCAGUUGUUUUAUUACAUUUUCCUGCCUCUUUCAACCUGUUGAUUGAGUAUAUUAGUGCAGCUGUUAAAAUAACUACAGUACUAAACAUAUUGACAAUACUUAAUCAUGUAGUAUCGUCAAAAUGGUGUUUCAAUAUUAUUGAUAUUCAGCCUGUUGUGAAGUUUGUUGGAUAUCAUUAGAUAUUCAUUCGUUCAGUCAUUGUUGUAAAGUUUUAAAUAUCCUUAGAUAUUCAUUUGUUCAUUCAUUGUUUCAUUCAUUGUUGUGAAGUUUUAAAUAUUUAAUUUAGUUUGAAAAAACACACCUGUGUACACUAGAAGAUUGUUAGGAUAGCAGUAUCGUGUGUGUCUCUGUGUGUGUGUGUGUGUGUGUGUGUGUGUGUUACAUACAUAAAUAUCAAGCAGUGGACUUUUCCAACUUAUUAAUGCUGUAUUCUUAUUCAUUGUAUGUAUAUAUGUCCUGAUAUUGCAGUCAACUUUUUCAAUUAAUGCUACUGUCCAGAUUAGUGAACAUAACCUAUAUAAUACAUUAAUUAUUUGAUGAUCAAAGAACACUUUUGUAUGCAAAUUAUUCAGCUCAAAUGUCAUAAAUACAUAUGCUUAAUCACUACAUGUUA